UUUCUUCUGCCGGCUAGUGCGCCACUCGACGCAUGCGCAGUAGCGCAGUCGAGUGCGUAGUGGCUACUGCCGGUGUAGGUCCCGGAAGAGACGCGCACUCCUUGGGCGUUAAGGGUUCGCGUGCCGUAGGGUCGUUUCAGCCGAGCACUUAGAGUCCCCGCGAGCUCGAGAUCUGUGAGCAGCCACCAUGUCGAUCUUUACCCCCACCAACCAGAUCCGACUGACCAAUGUGGCCGUGGUGCGGAUGAAGCGGGGAGGGAAGCGCUUCGAAAUCGCCUGCUAUAAAAACAAGGUCGUCGGCUGGCGGAGUGGCGUGGAAAAAGACCUUGAUGAAGUUCUGCAGACCCAUUCAGUGUUUGUAAAUGUUUCCAAAGGUCAGGUUGCCAAGAAGGAAGACCUCCUCAGUGCAUUUGGGACAGAUGACCAGACUGAAAUCUGCAAGCAGAUUUUGACUAAAGGAGAAGUUCAAGUGUCAGAUAAAGAACGGCACACACAGCUGGAACAGAUGUUUAGGGACAUUGCCACCAUUGUGGCAGACAAGUGUGUGAACCCGGAAACAAAGAGACCCUACACCGUUAUCCUCAUCGAGAGAGCCAUGAAGGACAUCCACUACUCCGUCAAACCCAACAAAAGCACAAAACAGCAGGCUCUGGAAGUGAUAAAGCAGCUGAAAGAGAAGAUGAAGAUAGAGCGGGCGCACAUGCGACUGCGCUUUAUCCUGCCGGUGAACGAAGGGAAGAAGCUGAAGGAAAAGCUAAAGCCUCUGAUGAAGGUCGUGGAGAGCGAGGACUACAGCCAGCAGCUGGAGAUCGUAUGCCUCAUCGACCCAGGCUGCUUCAGGGAAGUUGAUGAGCUAAUAAAAAAGGAAACCAAAGGCAAGGGUUCUCUGGAAGUGCUCAGUCUGAAGGACGUGGAGGAAGGAGAUGAGAAGUUUGAAUGACACCGCCCAGCUUCUCAGCUGCAGCACGACCGCGGACACUUGUUCCUGACAGCAGCAGGAGCAGCUCUUUUCUGUGACCUGCCAAGAGCCCUGCUCAAGUGAUGUGCCACUUUCCAUCUUGUGUUAAAACAUUUGCCCAGGUACCUGGGUAUUUUUGUUGUCAGCUGGGGUUUCCAGCAAAAAUGAAAAAUAACGCAAAAUACAGAGUCCAGACCGCUCUUCACUGCUGUGUAUGCCUUUCUAGUUCCAAAGGGAAGACCAGAGACAGCGUUGGUGGAUAAGAAGGUAGGGUCAGUCCAUGACAGAUCAUUGGAGAGGGGUCUGUAACAAAGGGGGGACGCUUGCUGGGAAGGAAGAGGUGGUGUUUCUGCAUAAUGAAGUCCAGGUCUGGGGUGUGAGCAUGGAGAAAACCUGGUUCCCUACCAAUGGAUAUAUAAUGACUAGGGAGAGGUUGAAUUUUUAAUUUUCAACAAACAUGAUACCACAACUGACUUAGUUAGAUUAUUCUUGGGAAAAUAUAUAAAGUCAUUUAAUACUAAUUCUUAAAGGUUUAUAAUUAUAUGUUAGAAUAGUUACAAUUAUAUGUAAUCAAUAAAACUUAUUUUUAUUAA